AUUGGUACUUUGUGUUCACAGGUAAAGGGGCUUUCGUCGCAAGAAUUUGCUGCCCGUAAUGAUUUGGUUCUUUCAUUGCCAGAGAGGAUCCAAGCUAUCCCGGAUGGGACCCUUGCUGCACCCAAACAAACUGGAGGUUGUGGAGCUUCUGCCUCACGUCCUGAAAUUAAAUUUGAUUCAGAUGGAUACUUUGAACAAACCAAAGAAUCAAGUCAGUUUAGGGAGGAGUAUGAAAUGCCUAAAAUGAAACAGGAUCAAGGUUUGGAUGUGAUUGCAGAAGGAUUGGAUACUUUGAAAAACAUGGCACAUGAUAUGAAUGAGGAAUUUGAUAAGCAAGUUCCACUGAUGGAUGAGAUUGACACAAAGGUGGACAAGGCAUCCUCUGACCUUAAAUAUACCAACGUUAAACUUAAAGACACAGUUACCCAGCUACGAUCCAGUCGAAACUUCUGUAUUGAUAUUGUUUUGUUGAUUAUAAUUUUGGGAAUUGCUGCCUAUUUGUACAAGCCCCAUCACGCGCAGCUGCUGUUCUAGAUAAGUGGCCUCCGCCCCCGAAAUUUUUUACGAAGAUUAAUGUUGAUGUUGU